AUGUCUCCAGACAGUCUGGUUCUCACAGAUUUUUGUCAGGCAGCUGAGAAUUUCCUCUAUCCUCUUCCGUCUCACCAGCUAUCCUCUUCCGCCUCAGCUGCUAUUUUCUUCCGCCUCACCAGCUAUCCUCUUCCGCUUCACCUGCUAUCCUCUUCCGCCUCAUCUGCUAUCCUCUUCCGCCUCACCAGCUAUCCUUUUCUGCCUCACCAGCUAUCCUCUUCCGCCUCAGCUGCUAUCCUCUUCCGCCUCACCAGCUAUCCUCUUCCGCCUCAUCUGCUAUCCUCUUUCGCCUCAACUGCUAUCCUCUUCCGCCUCAACUGCUAUCCUCUUCCGCCUAAUCUGCUAUCCUCUUCCGCAUCACCUGCUAUCCUCUUCCGCCUCACCAGCUAUCCUCUUCCGCCUCAUCUGCUAUCCUCUACCGCCUCAGCUGCUAUUCCCUUCCGCCUCACCAGCUAUCCUCUUCCGCCUCAGCUGCUAUCGUAUUCCACCUCACCUGUUAACUUCUUCCUCCUCACCUGCUAUCCUCUUCCGCCUCACCAGCUAUUUUCUUCCGCCUCCCCAGCUGUCCUCUUCCGCCUCAACUGCUAUCCUCUUCCGCCUCACCAGCUAUCCUCUUUCGCCUCACCUGCUAUCCUCUUCUAUGACGCGCGACGCGCCAUUUGGGAAGCUCUAUGUUGCACAAUGCUUCCCUCCUGA